AUAAAAUGAGAAGAGAAUAAGAAAAACCAUAAGAAAAUUAAAAUGACCACCACAUAAUAACUUAUCAAAAUUUGCCUAUUGAAAUUCGUCAAAGAAUUCAUAAAGAUUACUUUGCUUAUAAAAAAAAGUUCGAAUACUGGAAAACAAACUUUGAAAAUUAUAUGUUUUAGAAUGUUUCUAAGAAUUAAAUUAUUCCAAAAGAUAUUUUAAUAGAAAGCAUUUAACAUAAUCUACAAGAUGGUUUAGCCAUAGAAACAAGCCAGAGAAUUAAUAUGAAAUAAGAUUAACGUAAAAAUUAUUUAUUAAGAACGAUAGAUUAUUUAAUGGGUUCUUUGAAAGAAUUAAAAUAUUAUAAUGAUACAAAAUUAGAUACUUUAAAUAUUUGUUCUGUUUACAAUGAAAAUUUGUGCCAACUUCAUUUUGAAAUAAGUUUACCUUAUUAAUUGAAUGAUCAAAACUUUGAGUUAUUAAAAAAACAAUUUCAUAAUAAUACAUUUCUUAAUGGAAAAUUAAAAACUUUGAUUGAAAAUGAAAAUAGAAACAGUAUUCUUCUUAGAGACAUAUCAGAUCCUAACUAUUAAACAUUUGUAAUUAAUAUUUAAUAUUUGAUAUUUAGGUAACUAUUAAAGACUUUGUUAAAAUAAAUGAAGUUUAAUGGUUUGCACUAGAAACUUAUGAAUAAUAUUAGAAAAAAUAAAAAUAUUUUUCUAUAAAAAAUAACAAUAAGUGAAUUUUUUUAAUAAUCAUAGUUAAUAAUUUAAAUUUAUAGAAAACUAAGAUUAAGAGAUGAUAUUUGUGGUUGGAGUUGUAAACUAAAACAAUAUUAAUAAAAAUAUAUUUGAAUAUAUUUCUACUGAAUUUUAGAGUAAUGAAGAAAAAAAAUAGAAAGAAUAAUUAUAAAAAGACUUGAAAACUACAGAAUAGGAACUUUCAAAGCAUAAUAAUGCACUUCUUAUUAAAAUUGAUAUUUUUCAUUUUGCUGUAUUAGUCUAUCCUAAUCCUAAUAAUUCAUACUGUUUAAGAAGUGAGGAUCUAGAAAAUUUAACUUUCUUUGAUUCAUUUCUACAAUAAAUUGAAUUCUAUGAAAAUAUUUUAGGCUAAUUAAAAUUUGUAUAAAAUAACUGGAUAAUCAAUCAAUUUCAAGAUAAUUAAAUUCUUUUCUAAAAAGUUAAUCGUUAUCCUGACUUUUUUUAAUUAAGAAUUGGAUAGACUAUUUUAGUGAGAAGUAAGAAAGCAAGCCUAAAUAUAAGUAUAAAUUCAGUAGAUUAAAUUUAUGAUUGAUGAGUAAAAUAUCACAUUAUUGAAUGAAAUAAUAAUAUAAUAUAAAUAAUUAAACUUAUAUAUUAUUUAUCAAUCUAUACUAUGAAAUUUAGGGUUUAUUUUUGCCUGCUAUAUUUAAAAUUAAAUUUAAAUCAAAUAAUUUGUUUAUAAAAAUUUUUUUCAAUAAAUAAUACAGAUUUUUCUUGUUAAUUUUUUUAUU